CUGGUCCAAGUGUCAGGUCCGGCACGAGGCGAGUGAGUGGCAGCCGCGGAGCAGCGCCCGCGGCUAAUUCGAAUCGCUCGCACAUGGGUCGCAAGAACGCGCGUCCCCGAACGGCUCUGGCGGGCUCCCCCCCUCCUUCCUCCUCCUCCUGGCCCCUUUGAAUGGAAUGGCCCGGCCGUCAGUGGCGUCGAUUUGGCGAUGGCGGACGCAGAUCUCGACACCCCGUGCGCAGAUCUGCGCUCGUCUAUUCUGCGGAAGCGAAGGGAAAAUCGGAAAUGGAAAAUGGAUAGGGCGAUGGAGAUGGAGAUGGAAACGGCAGUGACUGUUGGCACACGACAUGAUGCCUUGCCCGGGAAACUCUAGUUGCGAGAACGAGGAGGUCGUGCACGUGAAAAGCCUUGUCUCAUGGUGCGAGUGGAGGUGUGUCGUUAGCGCAUAUGACGAUGCGGGAGGAAUCUGCUCGGACGAAUGAUUUUUUUGACGCUCGUUCGAGCACUUGCCCACAACUUUCUUUCUAUCGCGUGCCGAAAGACGACUCGAUUUCAAAUGGAGUUAUUUAUCCUUGUGGAUAUUUUUCAUUUGGAAGUUCAUGAACCAUCGUUGGAAGAAGCGCAGUCGAGAGUGGCCAGCCAGAAGCAGUACUUGUCAUAUUUUUUCGGUCAGCGAUAUAAAGGUGUCAAUCUUUGGCGAGAUAAACCCUUAUCUUUUCCCCCACAUUCUUCGCAGGAAUCUACGGAACCGAAGGUUUAGCUAGCCCCAAGGCGAUUCUCCUACUGGAUGUAUUUUCCAGUCGAGCUUUUCGAAGUGGAAUACCAGCUCUCCUCUCAUCAUCAUCACGCAUGAUGCGGAAAUUAUCCCUUCCUUUCUUCACAUGAUUUUCUGCAUGAAUUCCAUGCCCAUGCAGGCAGAUUCAGACUAUCUUUGUCUCGGAGAAAAUCAUCACGAAAGCGCAAUUUUUCUUGCAACUGUGAGCCGAGGGGAAUGCUCGAUCCAUGCUACGAUUAUUCUCCUUAUGACUAUAUCCGGCGAGGAAGAGAAGUAAAUGCUGUAGCAUGGACAGAAAAUGUACGACGUUUCUCAUCAUUGCAAUGGCAAAGAGCAUAAUGCUGCCACUGAAAUCUCAAAAUAUUCGACUCGGGGAGGAUCCGAAUGUGAACCGUUGUCGUUCACAUGCAUGAAAUGUGGAUAGCCGAGCGACGAAUCAGGACGAACGCUCGAGCUCCAGAAGGUCAAUGAAAACUUGGCCACCGUCCUCAUGGACGUGCAUUUACAGCGAGCGCAAUCACAAUAAAGCGAAUGCAGAUUAGUGGGGACUGCUCGACGCCUCUGGUCACGCAGGAGCAGCUGCAGCAGCAGCACCAACACGAGGAACAACAAAAACAAUGGCCUACUAUGCAACCAUGGCAGAACCAUCAUUUCCCUCGACUGUGCAUCUGACAGUACUGCAGUUUUCCCAAUUACAGUUACAGUUACAUUGUAUCCCGUACGACCAGAGCCAGUUUACGAAUACCGUACAGUACAAGGAUGCAGACUCCCGUCAGUCGAUGUUCACAUCGAUCGACAUUUUGCAAGAUAUUGUGCAAAUCUCCCGAGUCACAUGAGGAGACACUCAAUCACGUCCCUCGGCAGUUUGGAACCUCCCUCCCGCUUCAGGAUUUGACUGUUUCAGAACUUCAGAGCUUCAGAUAUGGUGCAGAUGACGUUUCAGAUGUACAUAUACGCGUACAGUACGUGACGCAGACUCUACCCAGUACGAGGGGUGUACAGGACAAGAUCACCUCCCCUUCCAUGAGGACGGGGUGGGAGCUGAACCUCGGUUCGAACCCUGAUUUGAAUCCCGAGCCCUGAUUCUGCGCUCCAGGAUAACACAAUGAAUGACAUACUGCAGGACGGAGUUAUGGUCAUGAUUCGAGUGUCUCAGGCACCUAGACAAAUUGGAAAAUCGACCGAAUAUUUGCCACCAGGCGGUGUCAGGACAGAUGGUAGGUGGACUUUUACAGUGGGAAAUGAUAUAUUACAUGGAGGGCGACAUGUGCAAUUUGAUGAUAGAUACUCAGGUUAUUGAAGAACAUAUUUUCCAGGAAUUUUUUUUGAAAAUAUUGCAAGGUUUAGGUAUUUAUUCAGCUUUUCAAGAUAUGAUUACUGACGGUCUAUUGCAUGAUUUGACCUUAGCAAGUAAAUCUCUUCGCCAUAGGCUCUAUUAGACAUAUUCAU